UCCUUACACAGAGAGAUCCGAGGGCAUGGGGUUGCAGUUUUCAGUUAACUGAUUGGUCAGUAGGUGCUGAUUUGACACCUGUUACUUCUCUAAUCUAGAACAUUAUCAGCUCCGGGGCAGGUUAUGGUCAACGCGAAACUCAAACAAACAAAAAUCUCUUUACGCAGAAGCCAGAAAGACUCCUGACCGUCUGAAGACGAAAGAAAAAACUCUCUGCCCCCCUUCUUUGUACCAGAAACAAUGGGAUCAGCAACAUCUCUGCCCAAGGACAACAGUGCUUUCUCUCUGGGUUUGCUCAAACAGCUGAGCAACAACAACAAGACGGGAAACAUCUUUUUCUCCCCGUUCAGCAUCUCUUCAGCCCUGGCUAUGGUGAUGCUGGGGGCCAGAGGCAACACAGCCACACAGAUGUCAGAGUGCUUGCAAACCGAGGAUUGUUGGGGUGAUGUUCACAGCAGCUUUGCCAAACUUGUCACUGAACUCAACAGGACAGAUGCUCCAUUUACCUUCAGUGUUGCUAACAGACUGUACAGAGAGAAGUCCUGCCCCUUUACUCAGGAAUUCUUAAUACAAAGCAAGAAACAUUACAGCACAGAGCUGGAGUCUGUGGACUUCAAGACCAGGUCUGAAGAGGUCAGGAUUGAUAUCAACAACUGGGUGCAGCAACACACACCAGCAGGUAACAUCACAGAGGUGGUGGAUGAAGAUGAUUUGAAUGAACUGACCAGGCUGGUGUUGUUCACUGCCACCCACUUCAGAGGCAGCUGGAAGAAAGAUUUCUUGUACUCUAAAACUUAUGAUGCUCAAUUUUGGCUCAACAAGAAUGACUCAAAGGCUGUGAAGAUGAUGAAACAGGAAGAAAACUUUGUGUGUACCUUCAUCGAAGAAGCAAACUGCAAGAUUCUAGAGAUGCCUUACAGUGGGGAGACAGUUAGCAUGCUCAUCUUUUUACCUGCAGAGAUCGAGGAUGAUACAACAGGACUGGAGAAGCUGGAGAAGGAGCUGACCUAUGAGAAAUUUGUAGCUUGGACUCAUCCAGGCCAGAUGAGUACAUGUUGUCUUGAUGUGAGGCUGCCUCAGUUUACACUGGAGGAGACGUAUGACCUGAACACAGUCCUGAGCAGCAUGAGCAUGGUGGACGCCUUUGAUCACACAAAGUGUGACUUCUCUGGCAUGUCUGGGCACAAAGAUCUGGUACUUUCAAAAGUCAUCCACAAGGCUUUUGUGAAGGUCCACGAGAAGGCAACUGAGGCUACUUUUGUGGAUAUGUGUUGGGGUGAGUUCCAUUCGGGCAAGAAAAGCUGGAGCAAUUUUGAUUUAAAAUCCUUCAUCGCAGACCACCCCUUCCUCUUCUUCAUCAGACAUAACCCCACUAUGAACAUCCUGUUUGCUGGUCGGUUCUGCUGCCCUGUGUGAGCUCUGUGUCCUUUAGAGCAGCUCAGUACCAGAAGUCUUUAGUGUUUAGUUGGAGAACCUUUCAAAAUCACUGCACAACAGCGCUGUA